AUGUUUGAUGGUCAAGGUGACUAUUUCCCUACUCAACCGAGCAAACAGAAAACACCGUGUAUUAACAUACCCAUACAGGAGCCUCCAAUGUGGCCAUGUUGGUUCUGAACAAAACGGACCAGAACCAUUGCCACAGCAUAAUGAAUUCAACCCCGCCGGAAUAUGAGAUCUGUGAGGACUAUAACUUAGAUCUUAUUGGAGCAUUUGGCGAUGAGAUCUGGUCGCCCAACUCUCCUGUUAUUACGCUGUCCGACCAGGCCAUCUUCAAUUUUUUCUGCUCUCGGACCAAAAUACAAGCAAUACCAACAUCUAGAAUCGAUCGAGUAGAUUUGUUACUUAACAAUGUCAAGUCAGUCAUGGUUGAAAAGGAAGAAGGCUUUCUAAGAAGACGAGUCGAAAAACUCUUGUCUCCGAUCGACCAAGAGGCUUUUUUGGAAUGCCUGAGUUUCUUUAUCUACUUCUUUUCGAACGGUCUACAUGUGAAUGAACGGCAGGAUCCUAGACGCUCCACUGAUAUCAUUGAACAUGUUGUUUAUCAACCCAAACAUGCCAUACGACAGAUUCUUGCGCUUAAAGACCCCACACUUCUCGCGUUCAUGCAUUCGAUCCUUACGACCGCGGGGAACACUGGCAACCUUGCUGCGGGAAGAGCAUUACUUGAAGCCGAUACUGAUCGAGUUCUCUUUCAUGGACGAUUAGCGCAUCUACUAUAUACUGCUGUGAAAUUCCAGCACAUCGAUAUUCUCAAGAAACUUAUUCAGGAACGUGCAGAUGUUAAUGUUUCAGUUGGCACUAAAGAGAGACCAAAAACUAUCCUUUCUGUGGUCAGAAACAUUGAGUGUUUCGAUCUUCUCAACGCAGCUGGCGUACGUCUCGACGACCAAACCACCUUCGAAGAAGCGACUUUUGGGAGACCUGUGACUCCGAUUCAUGAUGCAAUUUGUCGCAAUGAUACACCCCUCGCUCAACGUUUCCUUGAAGCCGGCGCGAGCGUUCAUUUUCUCGAUGAAGAAUCUGGUAAUACAUACUUUGAUGUUCAUCAUAUGCUUCAUAGGGCUAUUCGGACUGAUAAUGGUUCAAUGAUCAAAUCGUUGCUCGAAGCCGGAGCUCUAUUUCAGGGCAAAGUUUUGAUUGCACAGUAUCCUGUUUCGUACAUAAAAUCAUCAUUUCCCUCUAUACUUCACUUCGCAGUGUUUUCUGGAUCUAUCAAUGUCGUUAAAGAACUAUUGGAAAACAAAUGGUACUCUGGCUUGGUGACAUCAGAACCAUAUGGAUGGUCUUUACUGCGCGAUGCAGCGAGGAACGGAGACUCGGAUAUGGUCGCUGUUUUAUUCAGUGCAGGUGCUUCUGUGAAUAGCAGCAGCGAACUCUGUACACAGAAAUACACCAGAUCAUAUGAUGGCUUGGACUUCGGCCUCGAAUACAGACUCCCUAAUUAUCGGAGCGAUCCCGAAUACAAACUCCCUACGUAUCAGAUUGAAGACGAAGAGAAAGUAUUCUAUGGUAUCGAGCUCGCUCCUUCCACAGCUCUCAUGGCUGCCGUUGAAACAGGACAUGUCGAAGUAGUUCAACUACUAAUAGACCACCAUGUAGAUAUCCAUACAAAGACCCAUGGUAACCAUGGCUCUUUUGCGUUGGAGUCAGCUGAGGUUCUCGGCCACCGAGAUAUUGCCAAUACUCUCGUUCAAUGUGGAGCUUCAACGAGAAUCGAGGACUGGAAUUGA